GCGUAAAAAACGUUAUUUGGUUAAGGUCACUCUUUGAGUGGAGAAGAGAGAGAGAGAGAGAGAGAGAGAGGGGAAACAGAAUUAUUAAUUUUAUUAAAAAAAAAAAAAAAUUGAAUAUGAGACUAAGUCAAUCCUCAUUAUCCCUGCUGCUGCUGCUUCUUCUUCAUCCUCCUCCUCCUCCAAACCCUAAACGCAACGAGUUAUUGCAGAACUGGAGAGCUUUAAAUCUUCUAAUUAUCUUGUAGAUCUGUCUUUUUAUUACCCUUUGCUUUGAAACCAAUCACUGUACACACACUUCAUUUUGGCUUUUUAUGGCGGUGGGUUUUGACUUUUGAAGAGAGAGUUUUGUCACUCUAAGGAAACACCACUCCAUUUCUUCCGUAAAUUUAUAUAUCCUAUUUAACUAUUGUUGCAUACAUGGAGGGGAAUUCCGGUGGCGGAGGAGCUGGAGGAGCUGCUGUUGCUGCUGGCGGCGGUGCUGGUUCUGUUGGUGUUGGUGGUGCUGGAGGUGGAGGAGGGAAUGAUGUCGAGCUGAUGUGCAAGACGUUACAGGUGGAGCACAAGCUGUUCUAUUUCGAUCUGAAGGAGAACCCUCGUGGACGUUAUUUGAAGAUUUCUGAGAAGACUUCUGCCACCAGGUCUACCAUCAUCGUCCCUUCCUCUGGGAUUUCUUGGUUCUUGGAUCUCUUCAAUUACUAUGUCAAUUCUGAUGAUCAGGACCUCUUUAGCAAAGAAUUGCAGCUCGACACCAAGGUGUUCUACUUUGAUAUUGGUGAAAACAGGAGAGGCCGCUUCUUGAAGGUAUCUGAAGCUUCUGUUAGUAGAAAUCGGAGUACCAUAAUUGUUCCUGCUGGAAGUGCCCGGAAUGAAGGUUGGGCAGCAUUCAGAAAUAUUUUAGCAGAGAUCAAUGAAGCUUCAAGGCUAUUUAUAAUGCCCAAUCAGCAAAAUUCUGAAUCUUCAGAGCGCCUUGUUGGCCUUUCGGAUGAUGUAGGGGCUGGCUUCAUAUCUGGCCACAAUAGCCAACCUGCUUCAGCAUCUGAAUUGAAUGUAGAUAGGUCAGUUGAACUAACAGCACAGGAAGAAAUUGGAAAUAUGGGGGUUUCAAAGGUGAUCAGAGCUGACCAGAAGAAAUUCUUCUUUGAUCUUGGUAGCAACAACAGAGGUCAUUUCUUGAGAAUUUCUGAGGUUGCUGGUUCUGACAGGUCCUCCAUAAUUCUCCCACUGUCUGGGCUGAAGCAGUUUCAUGAAAUAGUGGGGCAUUUUGUGGAGAUAACAAAAGAUAGAAUUGAAGGAAUGACAGGUGCAAAUGUUCGGACUGUGGAUCCCCCACAGAGAUGAAUGUGAAUAACUCCUGGAGGCUAAUGUAUGUUGAUGAAACGUGUUAUUCAUAUUUGGUAAAAGGGGUUGCUGUGGUGCUGCAAAUAUGUGUUUGAUUAGGGGUGGGGUGCAAUUGUGCGUAGCUUGUUUCUUGUUAAAUUCUUGCCUUGUCUGACUCUAAGUCUAAAAAUAAUCCGAUUGAUCUGUUUGCUGAACAGAAAAGUUUCGGAGAUAGUAGCCAUGAGUAGCUUUGAAUAGGGAAUAACAGAAGAAACAAAUCAGAUAUUUGUAACUGUGAGUGUGGCACCCUUGUUAUUAAAUUUCAAUAAUGCCGGUUCCAUAUGUUCUUGUA